AUGGGCACACGGAUGAUCUUGUUGAAUUGCAGGUUGGGACACCUUGAGGAUGCUCAGAAGCACCUUACCCUGGCAACCCCACAGCCUGACCUCCUAGAGCUGCACAAAUUACAAACAGUGGAAAAGCACCUGGGCAGAUGCCUUGAUUCACGGAAGGUUGGGGACUGGAAGAAUGUGCUGAGGGAAUGUGAUGCCGCUAUCGCGGCUGGAGCUGACUCCUCUGCUCUGCUCUUUGCCGCGAGAGCAGAGGCUCUUCUCCGGCUCAAUCAGCUCGAUGAGGCUGAUAUGGCCAUCUCCAGUGCUUCCAAGUUGGAUUAUUCAUCUUCCUGCACCUCAGACACCAAAUUCUGUGGCUUCUUUGCCAACGCAUACCUCUAUUACGCACAUGCCCAAGUUGACAUUGCAUUGGGAAGGUUCGAUCAUGCUGUCUCUUCAGCUGACAAGGCCAGAAUAAUAGACCCAAGAAAUGUCGAAGUGAUAACAAUGCAUAACAAUGUGAAAGCUGUAGCAAGAGCACGAUCUCUAGGGAAUGAGCUAUUUAAAUCUGGAAAAUUUUCAGAAGCUUGCAUGGCUUAUGGCGAAGGGCUCAAACAUCACCCUGUAAAUCCGGUCCUUCACUGCAACAGGGCCGCUUGCAGGUUCAAGCUAGGGCAGUGGGAGAAGUCUAUUGAGGACUGCAAUGAAGCCCUCAUGAUUCAACCCAAUUAUACCAAGGCUCUGCUGAGGCGUGCAGCUUCCUAUGGCAAGAUGGAGCGAUGGGCGGAAUCGUUGAAGGAUUAUGAGGUUCUAAGAAAGGAACUCCCAGGUGACACUGAGGUUGCUGAGGCCUAUUUCCAUGCUCAGGUUGCCCUCAAGUCAUCUCGGGGUGAGGAAGUAUCAAACCUGAAGUUUGGAGGAGAGGUUGAAGCAGUUACAGGAAUGGAACAAUUCCAGAUGGCUACUUCCUUGCCAGGUGUUUCGGUCGUCCAUUUCAUGACUUCUUCGAAUCAGCAGUGCGGUAAAAUUUCCCCGUUUGUGAAUGCACUGUGUACCAAAUACCCAUCUGUUAAUUUCCUCAAGGUGGAUGUAAACGAGAGCCCUGCUGUCGCGCGCGCAGAGAAUGUGAGGACAGUUCCAACAUUCAAAAUCUACAAGAAUGCCAUAAGAGUGAAGGAGAUGAUCUGCCCCAGCCAACAGCUGCUGGAGUAUUCAGUAAGGCAUUACGGGACCUAG